GCUACGUUGCCUACUCCAAUACUCGCGAUGAUGUUUCGUCUACUUCCGCUACUUGUCUCCCUUGCUGCAGUCGCAGUGGCAAGCAACGUCUGUUCGCAGUUCCCAUACGCUGAACUAUUGCCGCUCUCCAAUUACGCGCCGGCCGAGGCGUUUUGCUCCUCCAGAUUCCCUCUGACGCCAUGCUCUACUACAAUCACUACUAGUUCCACGACGAUCGCGUCGUCGACCGUCGCGACUGUGACUGUUACCACAGGUACGAUUACAACGACGGCGACCGCGGGUACGGUGACUUCGACCGUCGUUACUUCCAUUUCGACGGCGUCUGUAACCACCGGCGUGACCACGAUAACGAGCACGACUGGAACGUCCACUACGACGACGUACGGAACUACGAGCACCAUCUGCACGGUGGCCGGCGACGCUCCUCUGCAGAAUAAGCGAAGUCUCAGCAAGCGUUUGCGAGGACGUGAGCCGCACGUUGCUGGCGACUCCCUUCUUGAGCGAGACCACAAAAUCACCGAAGACCACAGCAACGACACUAAAGAGCACAACAUCGACACCAAAGAGCACAACAACGACCGCCGCGCCUACGACCAACCCUCAGGCGAGUCUGUUGUCGAAGCUCAGUUCGGAAGCCUCAGCAUUCUCACCGUGUCCUCCACCUCAUUGAUCACGGCGACAAGCGACGCGGAAGCUGCCACGAUCGACACCGUUACCGCCACAAGCACGUUGUCCACCAACACCGUGACUACAGUGUCCGUACAAGGCACAACAAUCACGGACGAACAAGCCACGGCCACCGUCGACGGAGGCCCGACCACGACUACCUCUGAAGGAUGCCUGGCCAGCUGUACCCCCGGCUGCGAUGAGCUGCCUGGUGGUUACUACGCUUUGGACGUCACCUGCGACCACUCCGGCACUAUCGAAUGGAACGCGUACAACACCACCACCGUUUCGACCCUUGAAGCCUGCAUGUCCGAUUGUGAGGCCUACUACGUCAAUGAUGUAUCGUGCAGUGGAUUCUAUUACGAUGGUAAUACCGGCAGUUGCCAGUUCGGCAGCGUUGACGUAUUCGAUCUUGGUGGAGGCCCUGAUCUCGGCCUGUCACUUGGUGUAUACAAUGGCUGUACUCCUCCUUCGUCGUGA